GGGAAAUGUAACUUCAGCAAUCCACUUCCUUCUGCAUUAGGGGAAGGUCUGAUCCUGAACCUCAAACUUCUCAAUAUCUCUUCGGACAACGGAGAACUGGCAAAGGCAGUGGUGUUGAAAGGUCGCCCCUCUGACAACAAAAUGGCUCCGUCGACCCCUGUGUCUGGAUUGUCUCUUCCAUGCCUGGUGCUGCUGCUUCUCCUGGAAAUCCCUGGGGCCGGGGCCCAGGAGUUCCAGCUGCUGCAGCCCCAGGGCGCCGUGUGGGUGUCACCGGGAGAGACUCUCACUCUGAUCUGCUCUCAGACUGGGUUCAUUCCAGUGGGACCCACAAAGUGGUUCAAGGGCUCGGGCAGUGGCCGCCAGCUCGUUUAUGCAGACGUGGGAUCAUUCCCCCGGGUGACGCGGGCUGUGAGUGGCUCUUACACAGACUACACCAUCCACAUCAGUGACACCCGCCCCGAGGACGCGGGGAUCUAUCACUGUGUGAAGUUUGUGAAGGGGUCGGGAGCCGAUGAGGAGAUCAGAUCCGGCAAUGGCACCGUCGUGUCUGUGAGCGCCAGACCGUCGGCCCCAUCCGUGUCCGGCCCCCCCAGCAGGGCAGAGCCGGGUCCCCCAGUGACUUUCACCUGCACGUCAGGAGGAUUCUGCCCCAGAGACAUCGCUGUGACCUGGCUCAAAAAUGGGGCCAAACUCCCAGCCCCCCAGCCCCGGGUUCUCCCUGCACACGAGAGCGUCUCCUACAGCGUGUCCAGCACCGUGGGGGUGAGCCUGACCGCAGGAGACGCCCGCUCCCAGCUCACCUGUCAGAUAGAGCACAGCACCUUACCGGCUCCCCUGCGUGCGACGUACAACCUCAGCGAUGCCCUGCGAGUUCCCCCCAGGCUGCGAGUGGACACUGCCCCAGCGGCGCCCGUCGCACUGAACGAGUCUGUGACGUUCACCUGCCACGCGGAGGGGUUUUACCCGAAGGACGCGAGUCUCACCUGGCUUGAGAAUGGAACUGAGACGAAUCUGGGAAAUCCCUCCCCCCUGGCUGAGAAUCCAGACGGGACGUACACGCUCCAGAGCUCCCUGGAGGUCAAAGCAACUGAGCAGAGGAAUCAGUCCGUGUUCACGUGUCGGGUUGUGCACGAUUCCCAGCCCCCCGUCAGUGCCAACGCAACACUGAGAAUCUUCCAGCCAUCUCCUGAGCCAGGCAAAGAUCCCACUUCACUUACCGCAGCAGGUCAGAGUCUGUUCUCCAGCCCCGCCCUCUGGAUCGGGCUCUUCCUGGAGAAGGUGCUGACAGCCGCCUUCCUCCUCUUCCUCUUCCUGAGAAACAAAGCGUAACCAGCCCCUGCUCAAUUUCCCUGUUUUCUCGCACUGUUGCCACCUGCCAACUUCUCUGUCUGCAGCCUCUGUCCCCCAGUGCAGGAAACGAGUCCCUAGAUGGU